AUGGGUGAUCAUUCACGCUCAGAUUUACGUUCUACCCGUGAAUACUUCAAUUCUCCACGUAUUGCUAGACAAGAAAAUGAAGUGAAACGAGGGCGUCGUAUCCAACACUACAUAGGUAGUACGGGUACUCGAGAAGAUAAAUCAAGAAAUGCAACGGUAACGAUUAUGCCUCGUCCAACUGCUAUUUUAUCUAAACGUAAAGAAGAACCGACCACAUUUGAAAAUGCAGAAAGCAGUCAGAAGAUAUUGUCUCAGGCUGUUCCUUCAUCCCAAGAAGUGAUACCAUCGGGAAUAACUCGUCCAAAUUCUACUUCAAGAUUGGUGAGAGGAUCAACAAAAGCAGUGAGGAGCCCUUCACUCCGAAUGGAUAAAACACAAACUUCUCGUAGUGCAGUAGCAGCAGCAGCAGCAGCAGCAGCAACAUCAACUGUCAUGGAGCAAUCGCUCGGGAUGAUGAAGGCAGCUGUCCGUUUACUUUCCGACACGAUGGAUUUUACGGAUGUUGUUGCGGAUUACUUGUCAACUACAAAUACAAAUUUUACUGUCAUUGGUAUUAUUGGUCCACAAGGUUCGGGUAAAUCAACACUUCUUAGCAUGAUAGCCGGUAAUGAUCACAUGGAUAUGUACAGGCAUUAUGCUUUUCGUCCAGCAUCUCGUGAAGCAGUUGAAUGUUGUCGUUAUCAAUCUCAAAAAAUUAGCGUUUAUGUAACCAAAUCAAGGAUGGUUUUAUUAGAUUGUCAGGCUAUCGGUUCUGCUUCGAUUCUUAAUCACCUGUUAGCUACAUCAUCAUUAGAUGGAAAUCGAUCGGGAGGUGUAAAAGCAGUGGAUCUUUGUCGAGGAUUUACAGCGCUAUCAGGAGAAAUUGAAAGCUUGCAUUUAACCGCAUUUCUUUUGCAAGUAUGUCAUACCGUAAUACUUUCUGUCGAUUGGUUUGUUGAUAUCGAUAUAAUUCGGCAUGUACGGACAGCAGAAAUGCUUCGCGUAACACCAACUCAUUAUUCACCAGAAACAAUGAAGUAUAAGCCAAAUCGUAAAAUUAAUUUUGUGUUGGCCCAUCAGAGAGCCAAAUCAGAAGACUUUCAACCUAGGAAUGUGAAAAAUCGGGCCAAGAUUUUGGAAUGUUUAUUCAACGAUUCACAAUUAGAUAUCAAAGGUGGCAUAUCAUUAGGCAAUUUAGGAUGUAAACCGUAUGGUGAAAUUGCAUCGGAUGUAAAUUAUAUAUUGCUAUCAGAAAUGAAACCACGACCAAAAACGGAAGCAUCAGCACCUGUUUCACCAUAUAUGACAAUGGAUCUUACUCCUUUACGAGCAGUUAUUGAUUAUGAAGAAGUUGUACGUCCGUUACGAAUUCGGCUAUUGUCAUUACCAAAAGAGCCAUUUAUUCUUGGAAAUCAGCCUUUUACAGAAAUUCAGUGGUAUGAAUUUGCUACACGAACCUGGCGAGCAACAUAUGGAAGUGUGGAGAUUGCUAAAUAUGCAUCAGCGAUAACAAAAAUUUUUGAUGAAUGA